AAGGCUGAACAGGCUGAUCAGGAAUUCUCUCCAGCCAGGCUUCCUGUACAAGUGUCUGAAGCAGCCAUGGCAACUGUCCCUGAACUCAACAGUGAAAUGACAGCUUUCCACAGUGAUGACAAUGACAUGUUCUUUGAGGUUGAUGGGCCCCAAAAGAUGAAGUGCUGCUUCCAAGCCAUUGACCUGAGCUGUCCAGAUGAGAGCAUCCAGCUUCAAAUCUCCCAGCAGCAUUUCAACAAGAGCUUCAGGCAGGUGGUGUCUCUCAUCGUGGCUGUGGAGAAGCUGUGGAACAUCCCUGUCCCUUGCCCAUGGACCUUCCAGGAUGAAGACCUGAGAACUUUCUUUUCCUUCAUCUUUGAAGAAGAGCCCAUCUUCUGCGACUCCUGGGACGAUGAGCUGGUCGUGGCUGACGUCCCCAUCCGGCAGCUGCACUGCAGGCUCCGAGAUGAACAGCAGAAAUGCCUUGUGCUGUCUGACCCAUGUGAGCUGAAAGCUCUCCAUCUCAAUGGACAGAAUAUAAACCAACAAGUGGUAUUCUCCAUGAGCUUUGUACAAGGAGAAACAAGUGACAACAAGAUACCUGUGGCCUUAGGCCUUAAGGGAAAGAAUCUGUACCUGUCCUGUGUGAUGAAAGAUGAUACGCCCACCCUGCAGCUGGAGAGUGUGGAUCCCAAACAAUACCCAAAGAAGAAGAUGGAAAAGCGGUUUAUCUUCAACAAGAUAGAAAUCAAAACCAAGGUGGAGUUUGAGUCUGCGCAGUUCCCCAACUGGUACAUCAGCACCUCUCAAGCCGAACAUAAGCCUGUCUUCCUGGGAAACAACAGUGGCCAGGAUAUAGUUGACUUCACCAUGGAAUCCUUUGCUUCCUAGGAGGUCUGUGUGUGUUGAAUGAAGGUUCAAGCCCAAGUGUUGACACGAGAAGAACAGGCUGGACUAUUUCUAACGCCUGACCUAGGACAUGCUAAGGAACUCCCUUGUUGCCAAUGAGCAGACAGCUGUUUCCAGAGGAAUCAUUAGUCCUCUGCCAAGCCAGGUCUCUCUCUCCUCUCCUGUGUUUUCAGAGCCACCUUGACAGAAACCAUGGCACAUUCUGUUCAAAGAAAGCCUGACUUUUCUCCUGGCCUCUGAUGGGCAACCACUUACCUAUUUAUUUAUGUAUUUAUUGAUUGGUUGAUCUAUUUAACUUAAUUCAAGGAGGACACGAGGCAUGCCUACAAAAAAAAAAAAAUCUAGUUUUCAAUGUUUAUAGAAUAAAUUGAACUUGGAUCCAGUGCAUGGCCUGAACUGAGU